AUGAACAUUCGGGGUGCCCCGGACCUCGGGCAGCCCAGUGACGACCCCAACAGUGGUGGAGAGAGAGAGCGGAUUCGACAGCGCAUGAAGAUGGUCAUCGGGCAACUUGAAGGCAUCCUGAGGGAACUCAAAGAAGUGGCUAAGGAGCUGAGGGAGGUGGUGAGUCAGAUCGACAAGCUAACUUCUGACUUUGACUUUGAACUGGAGCCAGACGACUGGACCACGGCCACUGUGAGCAGCACCUCCAGCAGUGACAAGGCAGGUGUGGGCGGCCCCUUUGACCUGGGCCACCUGGACUUCAUGACAGCCGAUAUCCUCUCAGACAGCUGGGAGUUCUGUUCCUUCCUGGAUGUCUCUACACCAUCAGACUCUGUGGAUGGCCCUGAGGCACCACGGCCAGGCACAGGCCCUGACUACCAGCUCAUGAAUGGUGGGAUGCCUAUCCCCAAUGGGCCACGAGUAGAGACACCAGACUCUUCCAGUGAAGAGGCCUUCAGCGCUGGCCCUGCAAAGGGUCAGGUACCCCAGCGGACCCCAGGGACAAGGGAGAGGGUACGGUUCAGUGACAAAGUGCUCUACCACGCUCUGUGCUGUGAUGAUGAAGAAGGGGAUGGUGAGGAGGAAGGAGAGGAGGAAGCAGGCCUGGCCCCAGAGCUGCCCCAUGUGGAGCCACACACAGGCCCCCUCAAGCCCUCCCCAGCCCCAUACAAGACCAGGCGCUCUCCGUUGACCACCCGACGCUUGGGCCCCACGUUGGCCCCAGAACAGACCCGGAGGGUCACAAGGAACAGCAGCACCCAGACAGUAUCAGACAAGAGCACGCAGACAGUGCUGCCCUAUACGUCCACCAAACAGAAAGCCAAGGGCAAGAACUAG